AUGGUGAAGUUGUUAGCAAACCAUCGGAGUAAGCGGGUAGAUGAAUUGUCGGAGAUAGGCUUCCGGGCGGCUGCAACACAUUUAAAGAAUCGAAUUGACGAGUGGAGGGCAGACUACGAUCAGAGUGCAGAUCAAGAGCCUGAUACUGAGCGCGCUACCUCCGCGUUUGAGUGGGCCAUUCGACUGCGCUUGCAUCAGGUAGUGGAGGGUUAUGACCCACAACAUGAAUUCGUCGAAUGCGCUAUCAUGACAAUCCUCAAUUCCGUGCAGGAGAUCCCAUACGCGAGUCGGGUAGAAGGAUGUCUUCUUUUCCCGCUUGUGAUUGCAGGAUCCAGUAGUAUAAGUAUGGAGCGCCGCAUGAUGGUAAAGGAGCGACUGAUGGUCAUGGAAAAUACUCUGGGCUUCAGUCAUAUCCAGUACGCGAGACAGCUGCUGGAAACGGUGUGGAGUGAAACAGAAGGUGACUUCAAUUGGGCUUCUGUACGAUACAAUCAAUUCCCAGGGGUAGUGUUCAUUUAG